CGCCCGGGCUGUGAUUCGGCCUCGCAGCCGCGGCCUCCCCGGACGGAGCCGGGGGCUGCAGCUGGGGGCUCAGCUUCGCCGGCGCCCUGGAGGAGACGCAGGCCGCGGUGCCCCCCGAGGCGCCGGAAGAGGACGAGGACGAAGAGGAGACGCUGCCUCACUCGGAGGCGGUCGAUGUGUUCCAGGAGGGGCUCGCCAUGGUGGUGCAGGACCCGCUGCUCUGCGAUCUCCCCAUCCAGGUCACUUUGGAAGAGGUCAAUUCCCAAAUAGCACUAGAAUAUGGCCAGGCGAUGACAGUCCGAGUGUGCAAGAUGGACGGAGAAGUCAUGCCUGUGGUGGUAGUACAGAGUGCCACGGUCCUGGACCUGAAGAAGGCCAUCCAAAGGCACGUGCAGCUCAGGCAGGAGCGUGAAGGGGGCAUUCAGCACAUCAGCUGGGCCUAUGUGUGGAGGACCUAUCACCUGACGUCCGCUGGGGAGAAGCUCACAGAGGACAGGAAGAAGCUCCGGGAUUACGGGAUUCGCAAUCGGGACGAGGUAUCCUUCAUCAAGAAGCUGCGGCAGAAGUGAACUCGAGCAGGCACUCUGCUCUGGUGGCCAAGCUGUGCUCCCCCACCUCCAUCCACCCAGGAGGAAGCCACCAGUCACUGACUCCUGAGAGCGUAGAGGUGACCCGGCCAUCUUACAGCGCCCUCUGGAUGGACUACCUGUGUGGGCCUUCAGCAACUGGACUGUGAGAGCUGGUUACUUGUUUCACUCCCAUGUGUCUGGCCUGACCUUGACCUCUAGCUAGAUCCAAAUAUUAAUCACAUGACAGAUCUCGUGGGGCUGUGGGCCCAACCCUAUAAACAAAAUAAAAGUUCCUGAGUGGUAAAAAUCA